UAAUUAUUUCUUUAUAGCGACAUCAAAUGGUUAUAUUGGAGCUAACUCCAAAAGCCACCGUCGCAGUGUUGAUAAAGAUAAAAAUAGAGGAAGCGCUAUUGGUGAUAAUGAAUCAAAGCACAACAAAUCCAGUAACUAUCAGCAAUAUAAUUCUGAUAAUUCUAAUAAUAGCAAUAGCAAUAACAACAAUAACAAUAACAAUAAGGACAAAACAGACAGUGAAAGCAACAACUAUCAAGUUAACCAAACGCAUCAACAUAAUUCUAAAGAAAAAAGUGAUGAACAUCGUUUAGGUUCGCAUAGCAGUUCCUUAAAGAAAGCUAAUUCACAAAAUGCGUUCGGCAAUACAACGCCAGUUGUGGCCAACGGUAAUAUAUCACAAUAUGAUAUGGAUGAUGUUAUAGUAGUGGAACCAGUUGAAAAAACUAAAGGACGCCGAAAUCGCUCUAAAAAAGACAAUGCUUCCAAGGACAAUCAUCAUCAACAUCAUAAUAAUAAUAAUAAUAAUAGUUAUAAUAGUAAUUCAACUUCAAAUCAUUUACAUACACAACAACAGCAAAACAAGGAUGUUAACUCUCAUAAUAAUAAUAAUAAUAACAACAAUAGCAGUAAUAAUAAUAACAACAAUAGCAACACUAAUAACAAUAAUAACAAUUCAGAUGCAUCAUCGGUCUCAUCAUCUAGUUCCACUUCAUCAUCAUCAUCAGCAUCAUUAACUAUUUCGAAUAUAGCCUCUAAGGUGGUGUCGAAAAUUUGCGAAUCAUGUCUCAAACUCGAGGCAGACAUCAAAAAAUGUCGUUCAGAAAUUAGCCAUCAAAAGCAAAUCGAGAACGAAUUGCGUCAGAAACUUGAAUCAAAUCUCACAACAAAAUCCUGUUUGCAGGCCAAACAAAAGGAUUGCGAUGAACUGGAAAAACGUAUCAAUGAAUUGACUAGUGCUCGUCAUGCUGAUACGUUACAAUUACAAACUGCUGAACGUCGUUUGAAUGAUGAACGACGACAGAAGCAAUCUCUCGAAGCUCAAUUGAACAAUGAGAAAAAGGCACGAAAGUUGGCUGAGGAAAAAGCUGCUAGGCCAGAAUGCAGUGCCCAAUGUAAGCAGCGUAAACAGCAAAUGGAUGAAGAAAUUAAACAGCUGCGGCGUGAUGUGAAAGCGGCGGAGGAGUCAAAACAAAUGGCUGAACAACAAGGACGACAAUGGGAGCAAGAGCUUCGUAUGUUUGAAGCUGAAAUUCGUAAUCGUGAUUCAAAUCAACCAGGCACUGAGGUGUUAAUGAACGCCUUGCAAGCAAUGCAAGAUAAAAAUUGUACACUAGAGAAAAAUCUUUCUGCAGAAACGAGAGUUAAGCUGGACUUAUUCUCAGCUCUAGGAGAUGCUAAACGACAACUUGAAUUAUCAGAAAAUCUUUAUCGCAGUAAGGAAGAUGAAGUUUUUGAUCUAAAAGCAAAAAUAGCUCAAUUGCUUGCCGUUAUGCCAACGGAUUCUCUAUGUUUGCCUGUUUGCAGUUCAACUGGUGCCAGCCAAAUGCUACGCAUGAACGACACACCACCAUUGCAAACGGGACCUGGACCGUCAUCGCCUAUGUUGAAUAGCUUAAGUGUUCAACAGGUUAACGGACCAGUAGGCCAUCAACUUAAUGCACGUCUUGCACCCAGUUCAGUCGGUGAAUAUGUGCAACAAGCGCCGCCCAGUUAUGUUACCAAUCAACAUCCGCAACAAUGUGCUGGUAUUGUGCCCGUAUCUGUUGCAACAGCUGUACUGGUGCCGGGUCCACCACCUGGCAAUGGCAGCUCAAACUUAGAUCCUAAUGCUACUGUUUAUACACCGAAAUGUGGACCUAAUUGCACACCUGGCGUUGUGGUCGUUUGUGGACCAAAUGAUGCCUGACUAAAUGCCUCAGCUUCGGCUGUCAAUCAUCUACUACGACGACACAUAUGAGAUUAUUAUUUUUAAUAUACAACAGUUGACAACCAUCAACAGUAACAAGAAAUUUUUUGUGCAGAUUUGGAGUCGGCAUAUUUAACAACAACAAUUUUUAAGUAAUUGUUUUAGGAUAUGCUGCAAAUGCACCAGUUGCAAUAAACUUAUUUAAAAAAAAUAUCAGCAGUUAUUAUAACUACAACAAUUAUACAAGAAACAAUAUUUAAAAGUAAUUUACAUGAAAUGAUAAUUAUAUUAAUAAAUAAUUGAAAUG